UGCAAGGCAGCAUGCUUAUUAACAAGCGUCGGUGAAAAACGCUGUCAACAGUACAAGCGGCAACGUAAAAGAACAUCUUGAAGGCGGCAUCCAAGGGAAAACCUUGGAAAAUAUCCACCAGUGUUUUCGCCCAUCUGGAGUUGUAAACAGUGUGGAGGACCGAAUCCAUGGCGGCGAAGGCAGAUAUCAGAAACAACGUGGAAUGGAAAAAAUGACCAGACAGCUGACUGGCUGCUCAUUAACUCAUUAGCACAGCAAGACGACCUGACAUAAGCAAGAAACCAUAAUGUUGGGUUACCAUUACAACGUCUUUGACUACAUGACACAGAAAACGUGCAUACGAUCGCUUGGAAGGGUACAAUUCUCGCUACAUUCAAUUGGCUCUGUUGCGAGCGCUGGUCAAGUCCUUCUAUAGGCGUAAAUUGAUUUUGUUUUGGAUCAAGUUAUAAUUUAGCGAGCUUGUCAAGUACAAUAAUGGUCUACUUCACGAACUACUCGAAAGGAUACGUUGUAGAGUAUGAAACUCCGUGUUUUAAAAGCUGGCUUCUACUACCAGCGGAGAAUUUAUGGAGUGAUGGAGUUCGAGGAUUUCUAUACACAGUUGCCAUGUUCUAUUUAUUUCUAGGGAUCGCUAUAAUCGCCGAUAUUUUCAUGAGCUCUAUAGAGGUAAUAACAAGUAAAAAGCGCAAAGUUACACGCUACGAUUCCGAAAAGCAAGAACGCGUUGAGAUCGAAGUAUUUGUAUGGAACGAAACCGUGGCUAAUUUGACUCUUAUGGCGCUGGGAUCUUCCGCGCCAGAGAUUCUUUUAGCUGUAGUAGAGACGGUUCAAAAUCUAGGAAACGUACCGGACGCAUCACAGGAGGACAAAGAUGGUCUUGGUACUUUUACCAUAAUCGGAUCAGCUUCAUUUAAUCUGCUUCUUAUCACGGCACUAUGUGUGGUAAGUGUUCCCAGCGGAACCGUAAAAAAGAUUCGCGAAUUGGGAGUCUUUAUUGUCACUUCUGUGUGGUCGCUGUUCGCGUAUGUCUGGCUGUUGGUGGUGUUGAAAUGGUCCUCGCCUGACGAGAUCGAGUUAUGGGAAGCGUUCGUGACGCUGAGUUUUUUUCCUCUUCUUGUCAUCACAUCUUGGUGUCAGGAUAACGGCUGGUGGUGUAAGCGAGGCAGAAUUAUAAGCGUUGAAAGUCCCGAGGUUCGCGUGAUUGGGCUCACAGAACCUGGGAGUCCAAUGAUGACUCAUCGUUCAAUGGAACUAAGAGCUUUAGAGCAGCAAAGAUUUAGUGAAAAUGAGUUGAAUGGAAGCAAGGAUAGAAUAAGGGGUGUCGUGAAUUUGUGGAAAGAAUCAAAUCCUGAUUAUAAUGACAAUAAAACAGUAGCUGAUGUUGCCUUGGCCCUGAAGCAGUUUAAACAGAUGACCCAGCAACCACAAAACAGUGCUUCAACCAGAGCACGCUUUCGACAUGCUGCAUUACGCAGCAUCACAAGACAGAAACCUGGUAUAAAAGAACCUGUUAAGGACCAGGAGGAACAAUUAAAUAUGCUAUCAAAAUCUCUUUAUGGGUCUAGAGUUUUUGGCGGAGAUGAAAAAACCUUUAGCUUCAGUUCAGCAUCAUAUUCAGUUGUAAAAAGUGCAAAGAAACUAACUAUAGAAGUGCAACUCAGUCAAAGGAUAGCAAGAUCACCUUGUGUUCCACGUAAAAAACUUCAAUUAUCAGCUCCUUAUGACCCAUCAACACCCAUUGUUAAUGGCAAAUGGGAACAGCUUGCAGUUCCAAUCAUCAAAGCUGAUUUUCCGGAAAGUAAUGGUGUCCCUUUGUCAAAUCCAAAAAUAAAUGGAGAUUUACCAGCAAGGGAGAGUGUAUACAACAUACGAGAUGCUGUGUCCACAGAGAACAAUGGUGAAUUUCAACUUUCAGAGGAUUCUGCCCAGUCACAAGCUACAACAUUUUAUGUGGAUUACGAGACUCGCGAUGGAAGUGCUAAACAUGGAAAGGACUACCAUAAUUUAAAAGGCACAUUGACAUUUUGUCCAGGAGAAACCAAGAAGACAUUAACAAUUACAAUAGUCCAUCAUGAUGGAUAUGCAUUGGAAAAAGACUUCUAUAUACUGUUAAAGAAUCCUGUAGGAACUGCUGAAUUGGGAGAACCAAACUUGGCAAGAAUCACAAUAAUAGAUGAUGAUGAGCCUGGUGAAUUCUCCUUUGAAAAAGCAAGUUAUUAUGCAAAUGUAGUUACUGGUGAUGUCAGUUGUACCAUAAUUAGAAGGAAAGGUUGUGAUGGCACAGUCACACUGACCUACAAUACCAUGAAUGGUACAGGCAGUGGUGGGACAGAACAGGAACUUGAACAGAAGAAGUGUGAUUAUGAACAGGCAGUUGGUGGAAAGUUGUAUUUUCAACAUGGUGAAACAUCCAAACAACUAAUAAUAAGAGUGAAUCCUGACUGCAAGAAUAAAAACUUUAUUGUGUUAUUGAGUGAUAAAAGCCCUGGUGCUAAAAUAGGACAGAAAAGUGCAGCAGUUAUAAACAUUACAAAUGAUGUUGAUAACAUUGUGGAGCGAGUUGCCAACAUUAUGACAGCAGAAGAUGAACAAAGUUUGACCAAAAGUUGGAGAACACAAUUUGAAGAGGCAAUGGUUAUUCAAGGGGAGGAGGAUGAUGAAGGAAACACAGAACCACUCAGCAUAAUGGACUUUGUCCUUCAUUUUCUCACAUUUUUCUGGAAAGUGCUAUUUGCCUUUAUUCCUCCAAGGAACUGUUGUGGUGGAUGGCCAGCAUUUUUCAUGUCUUUGUUAGUUAUAGCAGGACUGACUGCAUUGGUAGAACAGCUUGGCAAACUCCUGGGUUGUGCCAUAGGACUUAAGAACAGUGUUACAGGAAUCACUAUCAUAGCAAUUGGUACUAGCUUACCUGAUACCUUUGCCAGCCGCUCUGCUGCAUUGCAAGACAUUGGAGCAGAUGCCUCAAUUGGGAAUAUCACAGGGAGUAACAGUGUGAAUGUGUUUCUUGGUCUUGGGUUGCCAUGGGUGAUAUCAACUUGUUAUCAUGCAGUGAAGAGGACAAAGUAUAUUGUGUACAGUGGUAAUCUAACUUUCUCUGUGCUGGUCUUCACAACUUUUGGACUCAUUUGCCUUGCAACCCUUGUCAUUAGAAGAAUGAUUUUUGGAGGAGAGCUUGGUGGUCCUGCAACAUCAAAACACAUGACUGGGUUCUUCUUGGUUUUCUUGUGGUGUUGUUAUGUUGUGGUAUCAGCACUUGUGGCAUAUGACAUCAUUCCUGUUGGUCUUUGACACCUUUUGCACAAACACUUAUUUAUGGAGUUGCUUCACCACAUUGUGUGGACAAUCAAAUUGAAAUUGUUCUGAUUUGUCAAAUUACUUAAGAAGAAUGGCAACAUGACUAAUAUUGGAGACGGAGACUAAUAUUGAACCACCAAGGAACAAAAAUCUGAGCAACUGUGUUGAACCCAUUUGGCUACGUGUCAAUAUCUACCGCACAUAGGGGAAAAUAUUGGUGGACUCUGUGGCUUUGGAUGGAGUUGUUUUAAGUUACAGAGUUGUGUGUGAAAGGGUCAAAUACAAUUGGGUGUAUCUCAGAGAAAAUGCCUUUGUUGCUGGAAAUACCAGGUUGGAAAGAUUUGGGUUUGUGAAUGCCUUAACUUGGCAGAAAUAAUUCAAUUGUAUUUUCCCUGUGUUCCAGGGCAGUGUGAUCAAAAUGAGUGAAAGGAUUACCCUUUUAAAGGACACAGACAGUGAAGCAAAAUCUAGGCCAUAGGCUUCUGGUCAGAAUUGUGACCUGUUCUAAGGCCUAUGUGUAAAUUGGAUUUUGCAGUUUAACUAGGGACAGAAGCACUACAACAGUCUAAAAAUUCCAAGUCUUCAAGAAAAUAAAGCCAUCCAUUGCCAUAACUAAGCCUGGUUUGAUACAGAAUCAACUGUGAGGCCUGAAUGUGACACAAAAAGGAGGUUUUAUAUGUCUAGAAAUAGAGUCAUAUUUAUGAGGAAGUCUUGUGCUUAGCUUUAAUUUGAAAUUGAGAGAUUUUUAGAAAGGAAAUGGCUUCAGUUGAAGAUUGCCAUUGCAUGAUGCAUGGUUCUUAAUAGUGAGGUGGCAAAAUUAUUUUCAAACACAACAGGACCCACCUCUAUUUAUGAAAUCUGUUCCAACAGAGGAGAGAACACCUGAGAUCACAAUAGCUCUUAUUCAAGUUGUCAGUUUGAAUCUGCUAGUAAUUCUUGACAUGCAAUAUAAGAUUUACAUUAUAAAAUAAUUUAUCAACAGAUUAUUGUAAAUAUAUUGUUUGUUGUAAAUAGUACUUUACUGCAGAAACAGAGUGGAUGUAAUUUAUUUCCAUUAUUGCAGUCUGUAGGCCAAAUAAUAAAAGCUUGCUUCGG